CAGUAUAAUGGUCGACGUGACAUCAUAACAACCAUUAGUUUGGAUGACCCAUUGGACGCUCACCACCGUUUUCCAACUAACUCUCGGCCUGCCAAACCUAAAGUUGUUGGACAAUUUCAUAAGUCGUGUAUUUAAACACUUUCAUCUCCCACAUACAACCCCAUGAAGAUUAUAGCUUUAAUAGCUUCAUAAUUUCCUACCAAAUUUUUUCUUUCAAUAUUUUAUCAACAAAUUUUCACCCUCUUUCCACAAAUUAUUUCUGGGUUUUGCAAAAAAAUCAAAAAGAAAUGGAGCGUUCCAACGAACAUACAACGAACUGGAGUUUAUACAUGAAUGAUUCUUUGAAUUGGGGUGCUGCGGCAGCAGCAUUAAGCGGGAGCCACCUAGACGAAGUGAAGAAAAUGGUGGAGGAGUAUCGGAAUCCGGUGGUGAAAUUGGGUGGCGCAACACUGACUAUUUCUCAGGUAGCAGCUGUAGCCACUAGGCAUGCCAACGACGUUCAGGUGGAGUUGUCGGAAUCUGCUUGUGAUGGAGUUACAGCGAGCAGUGAUUGGGUGAUGAACAACAUGUUGAAAGGUGGGGAUACCUAUGGAGUAACCACCGGUUUUGGUGCCACCUCUCAUCGGAGAACCAAGGAAGGUGGUGCUCUUCAACAGGAGCUCGUUAGGUAUAAUUUUUAAAGAUCAUUACAACAUAAAAUGCAUUCAAAUAUUUUUCCAUUUUCUUUCCUAGUUUUUUAAAGAGACAAUAGACGUAAUUAUUUACACAAAAUUUCGAUGUUUUUAUGACGUAUUCUAGACAUGCUUGCAACAUAGUUUUCAUAUAUCGAUUAUUUUGUUUCUUUA